AUGGAAAAAAUAUUCAUAUUCUUUUGUGUUAUGCCGUUUACCGAAUAUGAAUUUCAAGGGUCAGAUGGAAACUUUCCAGAUCCUGAUACUCUCCAUAGUACUAGUACAAACGUGACAACUUACGACGGUCUAAUUGGUACUUUUUCAGAUAUCGAAUUUGAAUCAUUCAAGCAGAAAUUACAGAAGCCAGACUCGCAGCUAAUUUGCAAAUUAUUUUGA